CGGGGCCAUGGGACCUGUUGGUCGCAGAGUCCCGGGGCAAAGGGACCACCCGGCUCCUGCUUUCUCCUCCCUGGAUAGUGCUCGGUCCCUAGGAAGGAUCCCUCGUGUCCUCUGCAUCCUCCCCACCAGUCUUCCUGCGUGCUCCAAACUGUUGUGGGUUUACAUCAUCAAGGUCACCUGGUCCAAUGGAGCCACCGAGGUCAUUUACCGACGGUACAGCAAGUUCUUCGACCUGCAGAUGCAGAUGCUGGACAAGUUCCCCAUGGAAGGAGGCCAGAAGGAUCCCAAGCAAAGGAUCAUCCCCUUUCUGCCAGGGAAGAUCCUGUUCCGCCGGAGCCACAUCCGCGACGUCGCCGUCAAGCGCCUGAUCCCCAUUGAUGAGUACUGCAAGGCUCUGAUCCAGCUCCCUCCCUACAUCUCCCAGUGCGAGGAGGUGCUGCAGUUCUUCGAGACACGGCCUGAUGACCUGACCCCCCCCAAAGAGGAGCCCAUUGGGAAGAAGAGGUCUGGGAUUAUCCAGAGAACGGCCUCUUUCCUGCACAGAGGAGCUGACGGUGCCUCGGCAGAGCCCCUGGUGCUGGAGCAGUAUGUCGUGGUGGCCGACUACCAGAAGCAGGAGAGCUCGGAGAUCAGCCUGUGCGUGGGCCAGGUGGUGGAUAUCAUUGAGAAGAACGAAUCAGGCUGGUGGUUUGUGAGCACGUUGGAGGAGCAAGGCUGGGUACCAGCCACCUGCCUGGAGGCCCAGGAUGGAGUCCAGGAUGAGCUCUCCAUGCAGCCUGAUGAAGAGGAGAAGUACACGGUUAUUUACCCCUACACUGCAAGAGACCAGGAUGAAAUGAACCUGGACAAAGGGGCUGUGGUGGUGGUGAUCCAGAAGAACCUGGAGGGCUGGUGGAAAAUCAGGUACCAGGGCCAGGAGGGCUGGGCCCCUGCCUCCUACCUCAGGAAGGGCAAUGGAGAUGUGCUCCCACCCAAGCUGGGCUCGGGCUCCUCGGCUCACUCGAGUGCCCUGGAGCUGGAUGGCAUCUCCAGGCAGCAGGGGCUGGCCAGCAGGGACAAGGACGGGCUGGGGGGCCAGAGGGACGGGAGGCUCGAGAGCCGGCCCCUGGCCAGUGCUGACAUCCGACGCAAGUCACCAAAGAUGAGGCAGAGGCCACCUCCUCGCCGAGACCUCACCAUACCCCGUGGUUUGAACCUGCCCAAGCCUCCUGUCCCCCCUCAAGUUGAGGAGGAGUAUUACACCAUUGCUGACUUCCAGACCACCAUCCCUGAUGGCAUCAGCUUCCAGGCUGGGAUGAAAGUAGAGGUUAUUGAGAAGAACCUGAGUGGCUGGUGGUACAUCCAGAUCGAGGAGAAGGAAGGCUGGGCCCCUGCCACCUUCAUUGAUAAGUACAAGAAAACCAGCAAUGCCUCCAGGCCCAAUUUCCUGGCUCCCCUUCCCAACGAGCUGGCUCAGCUGCGGCUCGGUGACACCGAUGGCAGUGCCAGCGAGGAGGGGACAGGGCCCUGCCGACCUCUGCCAGAGGCUCCUCCCAACGGCAUGGACUGUGCUGGCAGGUGGGGCAAGGACUGGAAGGGGAAGGAGGCUCCUGACAGCGGGGACCUGUCCUUUGCUGGGGGCUACGAGGAGAUCUCGGACCGCGACACGGAGGAGAAGCCCAGCCUCCCACCCAGGAAGGAAUCCAUCAUUAAAUCAGAAGGGGAGUUACUGGAGAGGCAGAGACCUCCCCCCAAGCCCCCAGGCAUGAUUUUGCCCAUGAUCCCACCCAAGCAGUCGGCAGCCCCCAAGGACAGCAAGAAGCCAGAGCUCAAAGCGGAGAAGGGCAAACUCUUCCAGCUGAAAAACGAGAUGGGGCUGGAAUGUGGACACAAGGUGUCGGCCAAGGAGGUGAAGAAGCCAAACCUUCGGCCCAUUGUCAAGCCAACCAAGCCAAAAGCUGAGCCCGUGGAGGACAAACCUGAGCCCAUCACCCAGAACCCGUUCUUGAAGUCCAGACCUCAGAUCAGGCCUAAACCCGCUGCGUCCCCCCGGGCUGAGCCAGCCCCAGCCGAUGACAAACUGGACAUUUGCAGCCUGCGGAGCAAGCUGAGACCUGCCAAGUGCCCAGAGAAGCCCUUGGAGCAGGAGUGCAGUGGGGAAAGCUCCUUCAGCAGUGCCGUGCUCUCCCCGGAGCCUUGCGGGAGGUUUCCGGAGCGGCCGGGCACGGAGAGCAAAGCCCUGCCCAAACUGGACGGUGCCCCCAAAGAGGCACUGCCCAAAUCUCCCCUGGGCCCAGCAAGCCCCCCCUGUGCCAGGGACGCCCCUCUGCAGCGCCCUGUGGUGCCACCUCGCAGGCCACCCCCUCCCAAAAAGAUUGGGGCUCCUGCCUGUGUCCCCAGCGAGCCCAGAGCCCCAGCACGGGAAGCUCCCGAGGUCAGACCCUCUGCAGUGCCAGGGAGGCCCAUGCUGGUCCCUCCCAAAGCCAAACCCUUCCUCUCUGCCUCCGUGCAAGACGAAGCCAAAGCCAGAAGCAGCAUAAACCCAAAGGUCAUCUCCAAAGCCGUGGAGAGAGGCGAGGCCAAGGAGAGAAGCUCAGCCCCCAUCUCCAGCCAGGACAUCUCCAGGGAAGCUCUCUACGUGGCAGUGGCGGAUUUUGAAGGUGACGAGGAGACCAACAGCUUCAGGGAGGGGACUCUGUUUGAAGUUCGUGAGAAGAACAGCAGUGGCUGGUGGUUCUGCAAGGUCCUGGCUGGGGGCCCGUGCUGGGAGGGCUGGAUCCCUUCCAAUUACCUGAGGAAGAAGCCAUAGCCACUCCUCAGCCUGCGUGGCCAGAAGGCUCCCUGGUCUCCCACCUGAGUAUUUAAUGAGCAGAUUAAUUUAUAGUUGUCUGUAAGGCUGGCUUUCAAAGAAGAGAUGAUAAUAAUUGAGAUUCCCACUCCUCUCAGCAGCAGCUGGAGGAAGCAGCUCAGCCUCCCCUGCCCACACCCCUGUGCUCCCAUCCCUCCUCCUCCUCACAUUCCCCAAAGGACUCGGCUCCCUGUGGUUCUCUGUGUUUGGGAGAUGGACCUCGAGUGGCAUUUUGGCACCUCAGUGGUGAAUUGGAGAGAAAUCCAGCAGCAGCCAGGUGGAGUGGUACCAGUGAAGGAAAUCACAGAAGGAUUUGCCUUUCCCUGAAGCUCAGGGUCACAGUCAAGAGUUGCAGGACUUGUUUCUUAGUCCAGGGAUGUAGCAGAGCCACGGGGAAUGUGGCAAAAAGGAGAAAUGAUUGCUGAGAACAGGUUCCUGUAGCUCUGUCUCUGGUUAAGGGCUGUGCCUGCACAGGGAUCAUCCCUUGGUCCUCCCCUGCUCUACGAUGACAAGUGUUAACUUCAACAUCCUCCUGGUGGGAAAAAAAAAAAAAAAAAAAGGGAAAAAUCCACCCUCAUUGAACAUCUCCUGUCUGUGCUGGUCCAGGACAGCUCUCAGGCUUCUCCCCUGCAGUUCUGCAACCAAACAUCAGAGGGGUUUUGCUGCCGGAGCUGAGGAAUUCUAUGCAAGGCACAGAGGACCAGAACGACCCCAAAAACCCUGGAAAAAGGGAUGCUUUGCUCUCGUCCCCACACAGACUGCCCUCCCUGUUGGACUAGGAGGGGAUCACCCCUCCCCAGGACCCACGGAGCUCCCCGGGCUGGCUCAGCAGCCGGGAGCUGGGUCCUUCCCUCGGUGCUGAUAUUACCAAGUGCAAUCCAGAAUGGGGGAGCUCAGCUCCUCGUCACCACCAGUUCUGAGGUGUGUCUGGUGCUCAGGGGCUGCCUGCUGUCAUUGUCA